GCGAGGACACCUCCUAUGGGCUGGGUAUGUUGAGUCAGGUCGAUUCCUCAAUUUUUAUCUCAUUUUUGGAACAAUUCCUAAACUUCGCAUGGGCUAACAGAACAGGUGAGCUUGAGUUUCUCGCCGCUUCAAUUUCGGAACAUGCUCAAAGCGCUGAAAGCUGGAACUACUGGGGAUGUUCAAUCUCAGAAGAAGUUAUCCUCGACGCCGCACACGCCCUUGUCUCUACUGGAUUGAACACCCUGGGCUAUGAAUGUGAGUGCACCCGAUGCCGAGGCGGCCCUGCUUAUGAAUUGGCGGAUCCUGUACGUUUCCCAUCAGGCAUCAAAGUCUUGGCCGGGACGAUGACCUGCGCUAAACAAUACGGUUCGCUCGGAUACGAGGAAAUAGAUGCAAAGACAUGGAAGGAAUGGGGAAUAGAUUACGUGA